AAAAUUCAUGUUUGGUGCCCAAUUUAUAGCACUUUCUUUGUCAAUCAGUUGUCAUUCAGUGUGUCUGGGAUUCUAUUGAAAGUAAAAAAUUUAGUGUGAACACAAUUUGUUUUUGCUGUGGCCGUUUGGGUUGCUGAGAAUUAAUAGAAUUGUACACACCACCUGCAAAACAUUUCUGGGCAUAUUUUGUGAUUUGCAUAGAUCAAAUAAAAGAAAACCACAAAAGAAUUGCAUAGCUGCAUUUUCAUUGUAUUUAUAAAGAAAAUGGAUAUGGAGGAGGCAUCUGCUCUGGCCAGAAAUGUGACCAAAGGAAGAUGGUUUGUAUUGUUCAUAUGUUUUCUGAUCAUCUCUCUUGCAGGAGGAACAUAUAUAUUUGGUAUAUACUCAGAAGUAAUAAAAACAGUCCUGGGUUAUGAUCAGGAAACAGUGACAACUUUGGGAUUCUUUAAAGAUCUUGGAGGCAAUGUUGGAAUAAUGGCUGGUCUAAUCAAUGAGAUAGCUCCACCAUGGGUGGUUCUGGGCAUAGGAGCACUCAUGAACAUCACUGGGUACUUGUUGAUAUGGCUCUCUGUGACCCAAAGGAUUGCCAAGCCUAAGCCAUGGCAGAUGUAUUUAUAUAUCUGCAUAGGAGCUAAUUCUCACACUUUUGCCAACACUGGAGCUAUAGUUACUUGUGUGAAGAAUUUCCCAGAGAGCAGAGGAAGUGUGCUUGGAAUUCUUAAGGGUUUCUUAGGGUUAAGUGGAGCCAUCUUCACUCAAAUCUUCCAUGCCAUGAAUGGUCAUGAUGAAAGAGGCCUAAUCUUGCUUCUGGGUAUCCUGCCCUCUGCUGUAUCUCUGCUUGUAAUGUUUAUAGUCAAACCCACCAAAGCUGUCACAGAGAAGAAUGAAGUCAAGCGCUUUUACUGCUUUCUGUAUAUUGCUCUGGCCCUAGCUGGGUUUCUGAUGCUUAUGAUUGUGGUGCAGAACAAGGUGAAGAAUUUCCCACAGUCGGGAUACCAAGCUGUUGCAGUUCUAGUCAUGCUAUUUCUCUUGUCAAAUCUUGCUGUUGUUGUUAAAGCAGAGAUGGACAAUAUGAAGCUGCAGAGGUUUUCCAAUGGAACCCCACGUUCCCCUCCUCCAGAUUACAGAAAAGUCAAUCAAAAACAGGCUGAGCUUGUGGACAUGGUGAGCAAUAGCAAGGAAAACCAUGAACAACCCAAAUCUCUGAAAUCCCACCUUGUAAAAGCAUUCAAGGGCCCAGAAAGGGGAAAUGACUUCACCAUUCUACAGGCAUUUGUAAGCAUGGAUAUGAUAAUCCUGUUCUCAGCUGCAACUUGUGGGAUUGGAGCAACAUUGACAGCGAUUGACAACAUGGGUCAGAUUGGGAGAUCACUAGGAUAUACCCCUGUCAACAUCAGCACAUUUGUUUCACUCAUCAGCAUCUGGAAUUUUCUGGGCAGAGUGGUUGCUGGAUUCAUGUCAGAAUUCCUCUUGCUGAAAUACAAGUUUCCCAGGCCUCUCAUGCUCACAAUUGCACUACUCAUAAGCUGUAUUGGGCAUAUUUUCAUAGCUUUUGCUCUGCCUGGUUCUCUGUAUGUUGCAUCCAUAGCCAUAGGGUUCUCUUUUGGAGCUCAGUGGCCCGUUCUGCUUGCUAUCAUCUCUGAGCUCUUUGGUCUUAAGUACUAUGCUACUCUUUAUAACUUUGGAGCUGCUGCAAGCCCAGUUGGGUCCUAUCUUCUGUCUGUGAAGGUGGCUGGAGCUCUCUAUGACAGAGAAGCCAGAAAGCAAUUGCUGUUGCAGGCACCCAAUUCAUCUCACAACAUAUUGACUUGCAUGGGGCAUGAGUGCUUUAGGCUUAGUUUUAUCAUUAUGACUUUUGUAUCCUUAUUCGGGGCUCUGAUUUCAGCCAUUCUUGUUGUCAGGACAAGGAAGUUUUACAGAAGUGACAUUUAUUCUAAGUUUCGAGUUGAACCUUCACAGUGGCAAGAAAAAGUCUUGGAAGAGCACUGAUAUACCAUUGCAGCUGCAUAAGCUCUUUCUUAGUCGAAGAUACUCUAAUAACUUGCUCUGGUUUUCAAUGGAGAAAUAAGAAAAUCAUAGGCAUAAUUAAUUGGGAUUAUUAAUAAGUGGCAGAGUUCACACCAUACGUCCUGCUGCCCAGCUAGACGUCAGUGCAUUUUAACAGAGAUUUUAUUUCUGGAUUAGUAAAAUCCCAGGAGAAUUCAUGUAUUGACUGAACUGUGGUUGUCAGUAUAACACAGUUUCUAUUUAACUGUUUAUUUUAGCAUAUGUGUUAAGACAUGUUUAUUUAAAUGCAGCAGUCCAACAUUGUUUCCUUUU